UGCAGGGAGAAGACACAGGUACAGACGUACAUUAGAGCUGAGGUUAGAAGUAGAAGUUACUGUAUUUGAGCACAAGGGUGUUAAGAUGUCAGAAGGAGUCUAUGAAAUCCCAGAUGGAUUUGAAGACGACGAGCCUGAUGCAAUGAAGAACACAGACAUUGAUGGCCAAUUAUAUGCCAACGUAAGAGCCUUCAAGCCCAGUCCAAGAGAUGGAGUUGUUGCUUCAGAGCCUGAUAGCUCAGGGAAGAGACCCUUCCUAGUUGCUGCAGUGUGUCUGGGGCUGCUGUGUGUUCUACUGGCUGGGAUCAUAGGCCUGUCUGUCCACUAUAACAGACUCAUCAAAGAUUCUGAGGAUAAAAGGAACAACUUGUUCCAGCGUUUUUCCCUUUACAAGAUCAACGCAACUGAAGAGAGAGACCAGCUACAGACCAGAUACAACAGCCUGACUGCUGAGAGAGACCAGUUACAGACCAGCUACAACAACCUGACUGAAGAGAGACACAGGCUACAGACCAGCUACAACAACCUGACUGAAGAGAAAGGCCAUAUUCAGGCAAAGCUUUUUGUGAUAGAGCAGUAUUGUCAGUGGGGAUGGAGAUACUUUGACUCCAGUUUGUACUUCCUCUCUACUGAGAAGAAAACCUGGGAGGAGAGCAGACAGGACUGUCUGGAAAGAGGAGCAGACCUGGUGAUCAUAAACAACAGAGAGGACCUGAGGAUUCAGGGAGAAGACUCUACAGGAUGGGUGCUUGUUGUGAUGUGUCAUCAAACAGAGAAACCCUGUUGUUUUGAUGGAUGGAGGAAGUUUGACUGCAGUUGUUACUUCCUCUCUACUGAGGAGAAAACCUGGGAGGAGAGUAGACAGUACUGUCUGAAGAGAGGAGCAGACCUGGUGAUAAUAAACAGCAGAGAGGAACAGGUGAGAGAGAGAGAGAGAGGGGGGGUAGUCUGGAUUGGUCUGACUGACAGACAGAGAGAGGGGACCUGGAAAUGGGUGGAUGGAACAACACUGACCACAGAGUAA